ACAAGCGAUCGAUCGUCUCUUCCAACAAGUGGGAAAGUCAUGAUGAUGAUAGGAAAAUUGACACUUGUAGCCCUUCUGGUCGGCGCCACUUCGGCUAAGCCAAAUCCUACAUCUCCUUCACAAUGUCGAUGCAUGCCCACUGAUUCAUGCUGGCCAUCGGUGAAGGAAUGGUCUCGAUUCAAUUCCACAGUGGGCGGGCGACUGGUCAAGACAGUCCCACUUGCCUCCCCUUGUCAUGCUCCCAGCUAUAAUGCCACUGAAUGUCAAUAUAUUCAAGACCAGUGGGUGCAGCCAGCCUUGCAUGAUGGCUCCUCUUCCUCCAUCAUGGCUGCUGACAUAGCUAACGCGACUUGCGACCCAUUCACUGCUUCGUCGAGUCCCUGCCGGCUUGGAAAUAUGGUGUCGUAUGCCGUCAAUGUUUCUUCCUCAGCAGAUAUUGCCCGGACGAUGGCCUAUGCAGAUGACAAUAAUCUUCGACUUGUGAUCCGUAAUACCGGCCAUGAUUACAUGGGAAAAUCGACCGGCGCAGGAGGUCUCUCCAUUUGGACUCAUUACCUCAAGGAUAUUAAGAUCAAUUAUAACUACUCCUCCCCGCAUUACACCGGCCCGGCAGUCACCAUUGGAGCCGGUGUCCAGGGCGAGGAAGUCUACGCUGCAUUGCACAAACACAACCUAGUGAUGGUCGGCGGUGAAUGUGCCACCGUUGGUCCGGCUGGAGGGUACACGCAGGGCGGCGGCCACUCGGCCCUCAGUUCGCGGUAUGGUCUGGCUGCGGAUCAAACAUUGGAGUGGGAGGUUGUCGAUGGCAGAGGGCGAAAGCUGCGCGCCUCCCCAACGGAGAACGCCGACCUGUAUUGGGCUCUAAGUGGCGGCGGUGGCGGAACGUAUGGCGUUGUCACGUCCAUGACGGCGAAGGUGUUCCCCGAUUUCCCCGUCGCAGGUGUGGUCCUCGAAUUCGACUCAGAUCCCGCCAACCUCGAUCCCUUCUAUGAUGCUGUGGAAUACUAUCACUCCCUGGUUCCGAGCUUCACGGCGGCGGGGGGCAUGGCCAUCGCUCGUGUCACGGACUCCUCCUUCUUGCUCACGCCUCUAACUCUCCCCAACACCACUGUGAAGAGCGCACUGGAACUGAUCACACCUUUCACUGAUAAGCUGGACCAGCUGAAUAUCAGCUAUGCGAUGAACCUCACACAUUUCCCAUCGUACUUUGAUCAUUACAAUGCCUUGAUUGAGCCCAACCCCACCCAGCUCGUGGAAAACGGCCAGUUCGGUGGCAAAUUGAUCCCCUUGUCGGUGGUCGAGCAGUCAAAUUCGGCGUUGACUACCGCGAUGCGAAACAUCACCCAGGACGGCGUCGGAUUUGUCAGUAUUUCAUUGAAUGUGUCCUCCGCCGUGACGGGGGCUACGAACAAUGCUGUACUUCCAUCGUGGAGGACGGCCGUAAUGGAUAUCAUUCUGGCAACAACAUGGCCGGAGCGCGCAAACCUUGGGAAAAUGAAACAGCUUGCCAAUGAGAUGACUGAUAAGUGGAUGCCAAUGUUGACAUCCCUGACAUCUGAUCCAGGUUCCUAUAUGAACGAGGCUGAUCCGCAACAACCAAACUGGCAAGAAGCCUUCUACGGACCAAAUUAUAAUCGCCUUCUGGCAAUUAAAAAUAAGUAUGAUCCGAAGAGUAACUUCUAUGCGCACACUGCUGUGGGAAGCGAGAAAUGGGUGCAGGAGUCAGAUGGGCGGUUAUGCCGGGCGACUUGA